ACGUGACGCAGCGUUUUCCCGUAUGAGGCCGCCUCCGCACGAGCUCAGCAGACCAGAGCGAACGGCGCCGCCACAUCAGCCUGCAGUGAAACAACAACUAGCCCUAAACUAAACUUCAUUUACAUUCGUGUUGGUACAUGGAAGUGAAGUAGGCCUAAAGAAGAUAUCCGUCGGUAGUCGUCCAGGUGGCCUAGGAUGGAGUGAAACCUUUGGGAUAAUGGAGGGAGGAGUUCACACAGGAAAAUGGAUCCCCAAAGCCUCUGCUGGCACCAUACUGCUCCUCAUGUGCAUGUUCAUCCCCACUUUGACAGCUUUGUUACAACUGUCAGAGGAGCUGAAGUGUCAAGAUGACGAGUAUCUUAAUGAAGAAAUAGGAGUUUGUUGCAACAAAUGCCAUCCAGGUUUUAAGCUCGUAAAAAUGUGUCCUAAUAAGGACCAGAGGAGUAACUGCACCGCCUGUCCUAAAUCACAGUUCAACGAAGAGAGGAACUACACCCCAAACUGCAGAACGUGCAAAAUCUGCAGAAAAUCAUGGCAUGAAAUAGAGGAAUCACCGUGUGACACAAAGCACAACACUGUUUGCCGCUGUGAGGACGGUUAUUACAAAUCAAUCAUCGACUCUGAAAAUAGCGAAUGUAUCCGAUGUUCACGAUGUGGGCAAAAUAAGAGGGAAAAACAGAAAUGUACACGGAGAAAAACACUGAGUGUGAAUGUACAGAGAACUACCAGAGUGUCAAGAACAGGUGUGAACCCUGCAAGAAUUGUUCCGCCGGUGCAAACAUCUGUGUCCUCAGACUACAAAAAUGACGUGGAUCAGACGUCAAUUGGUGGUCCGAUACCUCCUGAGCCCGGGGAAAGAUAUCUUGUCAAAAUAUUAGGAGUAUUUUUUGCUGUUGCUAUGGUAAUGUCGGGGGUGUUGGUUGCCAUCACCUACAUUGCAACAAAACGGUCCACGAAGAACAAGUUGCUGAAGUCGUCCUCCGAAGCAUCUGAUGACUCUCUGGACUCGUGUGAGAGCGGCCUGAUAUACAAAGAGCAGCAUUCUAACAGCAGUGUUGAGGCUGCCCCCAUAAGUCCUGUGAGGGAUCAGGAGAGGUCCGAUCUGCUGGGCAGCCCCCCUCUGGAAAUCAAGAUCCCUGACCUGAUCUACAUGGUGCUGGAUCUUGUUCCUGUGCUGAAGGUGAAGCAGCUGAUGCGCGCUCUUGGUGUAAGGGAUUCAGAGAUCGAACACGCGGAGCUGGAUUACAGAUCCUCCCGGGAGGCUCACUACCAGAUGCUGAGGGUGUGGGCUGAGAGAGGGUCCCGUGCAGGUGGCGGAGGAUGUGGGGGAAUGCUGCACAGGCCCCUGCUGCAGGAGUUGUUGGACAAACUGAGAGAGAUGAAUCUUGGACGGGCGGCAGAGGAGCUGGAAACAAAGUACGGCAUUCAGUGAUUCUGCGACAGGGUGAAAAAGCUUAUGAAACCAAGUAUUGUUCUUUUCAGAGACUCACUUACGGUGCUACAAUUAGAGCAGUCAUUUCACAGCAGCCAGCGUCACUGAGCACUCUACCUCUCCUCCUGCAAGUUACUCGCUAAGAUGCCAGAUUCAAACUACUGAGAGUGACGGAUGAAAUGGUUCAGGGAGGAGGUGUCACCGAAAAAUGUGAUUUUGCACUGAUAUAUUCUGCUUAAAAUGUGUCAAGAGCUUUUAGCAUUUUGCAUGUUUCUAAGUGAUCUCAGAGGGAUAAUGAGACCUUCUGGGAACCAGGCUUUUUUCUGAUUGUGCACAGAGCUAGAUGUUGUAACAUCAUCUGUAAAUUAAAUAAGCCCAGCAGCCAGUUAGCAAAUUUAGCAUCAAGACUGGAAACAGGAGGAAACAGCUAGCCUUGCUCUCUCCUAAAGUAGAAAAACAACAACCUAUUGAUACGUGUGAACAUGUUUGAUCUGAACAGAUACAAAGUGUACUGGCCAAAAUUUGGAGUUUUACAUGGAGUUUCAUCCUGGAGCUGUGAGCUAUAGAUGUAAAAGUGGCCUGAGGAAGGAUCAAUGCGAUCUCUUUGAAGUUUCCAGUUUUUAAGCUAAACUAGCUGAGCUAACAGACUCCAGCUUUGUAAUGCCAAAACAAAUAUGAGUUUGGAUUUCAAAUUUAACUUGUCUAGAAAAUGACUGAUUAUAUUUCCAAAAAUGUCCAAUUGAAUCUUUAAAGCUGGUGAAACCUUUUCUAGACUGCGCUGUUUAAGUAUCACUUUACUGUAAAUUAUGCUUUUGGGAAUAAUGGGGACAUGGAGUCAUAUUAUUUCAUACUGGACUGUUUAUUUUUUAUUGUAAAACAUUAUGAUGUGAUGACUGUAUUCUGUCCUUUAUAUUUAUGUUGCUUUGAUUGACCAGCAACCCUUAAAUCAGUGGUUCACAAACCUUUUUGGCUCAUGACCCCACUUUGACUUCACCAAACCACAUACAGCUUUUUACUCAAAUGAAUUUGUUUUCAAUCACGUAAUAGAUUUUCUACUGUGUAGGCUUUAUCGUGUAUAUUAUUGUGGACAGAGGAAGACAUGCUGGGAGGACAUUUCUACACAAUGGAUGACAGACAGAGACUCACAAGUUCCUUGUUUUCCAUUUGCUAUGGCCCUCGGGUAGCCUGUGUUCAGUAUAUUUAAAUAUUUAGUAUAUUUUUUAUUGAUCAGUUAAUACAAAUUUCAGGCGACCCCAUUUGUAUGGGUAGGUAAAAGAAUUGCAUAGUCUUCUUAUUUAAAUAGAGGGAACUGCAUAAUCAAAUGGUUCCAUGUGAGACACAAAGUUAACAGGUAAUGUUUUAAAUAGUUCCUGUAUAACUGUGGGAAAGGUUGUAGUCUUUUGGGAACAAUAACAAAGCGAGGGAAGUCUUUAGUUCCUACUCAAUGUGGGCCUCUGUUCGCAGCCACAUUAGCAUUCUUUUCAGCACUAUUAUCCAAGCAUUAUUCACGGCAGUUAAAGGAAAGAGGACACACCUUGUCUCAGUACGCCUCAGCCAAAACAACUUUUAUAAUAUCAGGCACAGCCUGUAGUUCGAGAUAUGAAACGGUCGCUCACAGACUGACUGAGGGGUCGUUAAAAAGCUCCUCUACCCUUCUCAUGGAAAUUAAUUCAAACCAAAUGUUGUAUACGAGUGAACAAUCAAUGUUGAACACUGUCACAUGUACAAGACCGUGUAUACAUAUCAGAACUUUUAAUAAAUGUGUCAUAUAUCUUGAGUGUA